GUGCUCCUCUCUUCCCAAGGUUUUCUGUUCUGGGUGGCACAUAGGGAGGAGAUAGAGGCAGGUUGGGCCAGGCACAUUCCCCUGCCUGAGGACCAACGUAACCAAGUGACAUCACAAAGGGAAUGGGGCAGGAAUAGCUCGGGUGACAGGAUGGAACACAGGACACAACACCCGAGGCAUUGCUUGGCUUGUUCUACAGAGAUUGCUGUGGUUUCUAAGUUCUCUGCCCUGCCUCAAAAUAGAGUAUCAGCCUCUAAAAAUUCAAGAACAGCAACAUUGUAGGUGGAAGGAUGGCUUGGAAAUGGAAGUAUUCCCACAAGGAAGAGAUGGAGGACACGAGCAGCCGUCACCCAGGGCUCACUGGCCUGCAGAACCUGGAGAACACGUGCUACAUGAACGCGGUUUUGCAGUGCCUGUGCAGCCUGCCCCAGCUGGUGGAGUAUUUCCUCUCAGGGAGGUGGAACACAGCCCUGCGCACGGAGAUUGGAGAGUCUGCAACUGCCUUUGGCUGUUUGAUGUCCGAUAUGUGGCUUGGAGACUUUGACUAUGUUUCCCCUGAGGCUUUUCAUUCAGUCUUUGGGAAGCAAUACCCAACAUUUAGCAGGAGGACUCAGCAUGAUGCGCAGGAGUUUCUGAUCUGUGUGCUCGAUGAGCUCCACGAGGCUUUCAAGGAGUCAAGCCGACACAGAGCUGGUGCAGAAGCAAGAGGGAGUGGCAGUGGCACAUCCAUUAUAACACAGUUAUUUGAGGGACAGCUCAGUUAUGGUAUCACAUGUCUGAAAUGCAACACCAUCACUGACAGACCUGAGAGCUUCACUGUCCUUUCCCUGCCCAUCCCUUCUAGGAGAGUGUGCUCUCUGCAGGAGUGUCUUGACUGCUUCUUUCAGCCAGACACACUGACUCGGAACAACCAAAUCCACUGCUACUGGUGUGGAACAAACCAAGAUGCCACAGUAAAGGCCACCAUAACCAGGGCACCGCAGAUCAUUAUUUUUCACCUAAAGAGGUUUGCCUGGCAGGACAAGCACAGAAGGAAACUCUCAACCACUGUCGACUAUCCAUUACAGAAUCUGGAUCUCUCUCCCUACAGCUCCACGUUUUCCUACAAUGAAGUGUACAGCUUAUGUGCUGUAGUGAACCAUGCUGGUGAUAUAGAUUAUGGCCACUACACAGCAUUCUGCAAGCACUCAACCACCAAACACUGGUACAGCUUUGAUGAUGUCCAGGUCACCAAGAUCUCAGAUUCUGCAGUGCAGACUGACACAGCUUACCUCCUCUUCUACACCUGUCAAGGCUAUUGAGAAUCUGCUGACCCUUGAAGACCAACAGGGAGUAGGGCAGCAACUAGAAUUCAUCAGCAGCAUUAGCCAACUCCUAUUUCAUCAAUAAACUAGAGCAUUUGCA